AAAGAGAGAAGCGAGAGAAAGAGCGAGAGAGGCGAGUGAGGAUGAGUCAGCAGGUGGAGGCCGCGCGCUCGCAGGCGUCCACUCAAGGGAGGCAAGCAGCAGGGGAGAACACUCAGGCCGUGUUUGACCUGGAGUCGUCGUAUGAGCCGGCACCCACCACCCUGCCCACCACACUCCCGCCACAGAGAGAGACACUGCUUCUGUCCGUCCACCUGUCCAGCAACGGGGAGAUCGUCCAGCACCGCAACCGCUCCAACCGCAGUGUGGACACUGGGGAAGGUCUGUCUGCCACCUACACUGCCCUCCUCUCCUGGCUCCUCUCUCUCGUCCCGGGACAUUUCGGUUUCCUUGGCGACGAGGGAAAGGUCGCUCAGGGGUCAACAGCAGGGUCAGGGCCGCAGGGCUGGGGCUUCCACGUACUGGGUCUGCAACAGCUGUGGUUCGAGGAACAGCUGAAGCUGGUGGUGGUGGUCACUCCAUCGCUGGACUUUGCUACGGCCGCCCGGACUACGCGCUCCAGUAAAGGAAAG